GAAACACCAGGAAGAAGAGAUCUACGUUGAAUUGGUGGGUGGCGGUGCUACACACUCAUAUAGACGAUUCUGGGCGUCCUCCUUUGUUCCCGAGUUAGGUUAACCCAAAGAACGCAGAGCGAAGAUGUCCCAAAACCCAGUGAGAUAAUGCCGUCACCUCCUAUAUCUUGUUGCCGGCCACUUGGACCGAGACAGAUCGAAUGAGAUGUGACUUCCUCAAAUCUUGUAAAAAGUUAUGGUUGCGAAAUUGGCAUUUCUUGGAAUCCGCGAGUUGAGAGUGAAGACCAGAAGCUUGUUCCCCUCCCGCCUGCCCCAGUGACUGUUCGAUCCAGGGCUGAGGAUGGCAGAGAUCCCACACGUACCAUCGCUGAACAUCAGCCACCUGAACGAGCCCCUGCUGAACAAGCUAAGCCACUUGCUGGACCAAAGCGGGUGGAGGAAGCUGGCGGAGAUGGCGAGCGCUGACAAGCGUUUCAAAAUCAGCUCUGAGGAGCUGAAUAACUGCUCUCUCAAGGUCCUGACUCCCGAAGGCAGCCCCACCCGGAAUUUCCUGCGAUUAAUGGCUGACCGGGGAAUGACUCUUAGAGAUUUGUCGGGUUAUCUUCAAGCAUUGGACCACGCAGAAGCCAUUCAGCUCUUCAGGUCUGCAGUGUCUCUGAUGAUUAUCAUUCAGCCGGUGCCACAGGCGGUGUUGGCCGGCCAGGUGGUCAGGUUACGAUGCCAAGCGGCAGCACAUCACGUCGUGGAGUAUCGAUGGUUCAAGAUGCAAGUCGAGGUUCCAAAUGGCAACAGCUCAGAUCUUGUGUUGAAUCCCGUCACUGUCAAUGACACCGGACGUUAUAUCUGCAGAGUGAACAUUGGGAUGGAUUUCAACUUCAGUCAGUGGGUUCGCUUGGAAGUUUACAAUUUCAGUGCUACCUAUGGGAGACCAUUCCUGCUCUUGGACAACAGGCUCCAGAUUAUAAACCAGCCUCAAUCCCAGCAUCGAAUGGUGGGUGACAUGUUGGUAUUGGAGUGCACGGCCAUCGGUGUACCUGUGCCACAUUAUCAAUGGCUGAGAAAUGGGGAACGAGUCGAUUGCACUGAAAGGCAUUACAAGGUUGCGAGAGUCAGCCCGCAGCAUCAGGGAGUAUACCGGUGUCGAGUUUUUAAUGGCAAAGAGGAUUAUUGGAGCACAGAGGCUGAAGUCGUCAUUGGACCCAGGUGCAAUGUAUCAGUUGCCGUGGAAAGCGAUGAAGAUGGGUUGAUGCUUCCUGAAGAAACAAGCAAUCCAGCUGACAUUGGACAGCUAGACUUCAACCGAAGACAUUUUGGUGUUCCUAUUUUAGCAGCGACUGACAAGGUGGCUCUUCUGAUCGGCAACAUGUCCUACCACAACCACCCCAAGCUGAAGGCCCCCAUGGUGGACGUGUAUGAGCUGACUAACCUGCUGAGACAGCUGGACUUCAAGGUGGUCUCCCUGCUGGACCUGACCGAGUUUGAGAUGAGGAACGCUGUCUAUGAAUUCCUGCUCUUGCUGGACAAGGGAGUGUAUGGUUUGCUGUACUACGCUGGUCAUGGUUACGAAAACUACGGAAACAGUUUUAUGGUCCCAAUUAAUGCUCCGAAUCCCUAUAGGUCUGCACACUGCUUGUGUGUGCAGAGCAUCCUCAAGCUAAUGCAGGAGAAAGAGACUGGGCUGAAUGUAUUUCUUCUGGACAUGUGUAGGAAAAGGAAUGUGUAUGAUGACACCAUCCCCAACGUGGAGGCGUUGAGAGUCACAGCCAACAUUGUGUUUGGAUACGCAACGUGCCAGGGGGCCGAGGCCUUUGAGAUCCAGCACUACGGUUUAGCCAAUGGGAUCUUUAUGAAAUUCCUGAAGGAGCGGCUGCUGGAGGAUGAGAAGAUCACUGUGCUACUCGACCGGGUGGCUGAAGAUAUGGGGACUUGUGACCUGACGAAGGGGAAGCAGGCGCUGGAGAUCCGCAGCAGUCUGAGUGAGAAGAGAGCCCUGACCGAUCCCAUCCGCUCCUCAGGCUGCUCUGUGGAAUCCCUCGCACGUAACCUGCAGUGGGCAAAGGCUCAUGAGCUGCCCGAGAGCAAAUGGCUUGACUUUGAGUGUGGCGUCAAAAUCCAGCUGGGCUUCGCUGCAGAGUUCUCCAAUGUCAUGAUCAUUUACACUCGGAUCGUAGGGAAGCCCAAGGAAAUUGUAAUGUGCGAUGCUUAUGUGACAGAUUUUCCAACGGACCUGGAUGUAGAUCCGAAGAAGACCAACCGAGGAACUCCAGAGGAAACAGGCAGCUAUUUGCUCUCCAAAGAUCUCCCGGAGCAGUGUCUGUACACAAGGCUGAGCGCCUUGCAGAAGUUAAAGGAGCGGCUAGUGUUCACCGUCUGCCUUCGCUAUCAGUACCAGGGGCUCUCGGAGCUGGUGGAAGAGGCCAAGGAGGUGGAUGUGGGGAAGCCUCUGAUCGCAAAGUUGGACAUCCACCGCGGGGUCAGGAGGAACAGCUGUCUGGUAACGUGCCCAAUGCCUCACAGCCCGUCCCACAGCCCGGUCCACAGCCCCUCUCACAGCCCGGUGCGGAGCAUGACUUGCAGCCCGGAGUUUGAGCAUUACCAUCAGCAUUACCAGAGUCACUCCCACCUGGGGGUCUAUAACAACCCCAGCGCUGGCCUGAUGGGGGCUGUGAGCUGCGCUGUCCCCUCGGAAAUGUACAGCCACACCUCGCUCGGACAAGUGGCCGAUUGUAGGCACGACCGUGAGUACUGCAGCAACAACAGAGGGAUUAACGUUCCCAUCGAGCACGAUAUGAAUGAGUCUCCGAUGGGUUUCAGUGACCAGGACAGAUUUUAUGAAUGAGCCUCUGACGGACACUGAACUUAUUCUGAGUCACAUCUUCACAAGAAGGUGGUGACCUCUGUGACUCCCCCAUUGGGAAAGGUUAGGUUCUCUCAUGUUUUACGGGCACACUUCCGUUUGGGUCUCUCCACCCAAACUUUAGCUGAAAAUAAGGAGGUGUCCGUUAAGACUCCUUCACACCGAGGUCUGUGCACUCGGCCCUAGAACGUCAUACAGGAUGUUCUCAAGACAUCAUCACCAUCUACAGAAUCAUGUGAGAUCUUUACAAGGAAGAUCCUUAAACUAAACCUUGGAUUUGAUACAACGCCUUUCA